AUGAGCCAGACCACGGUCAAAACGCAGGAGCAGUAUCCCUGUCCAUUGCUGGAACAGCGCUUCUCCGAGCUCAAACAAGCCAUUAUCAAGCCAGAAGAUCGCGACAGGGUGAGCGAGUCCUAUGCCCGUCUCAAAGACGCCCUCGAGCGGGAGUCAUCACGGAUUGCGGGACUUGGCCCCAAAGCAAUUCCCGAGGUCGACUUUUCCAUCAUCGAAAGCAAUGGCGGCCAAUUGCCACCUAGCUUGGUCAGUGUCGUCCACGACACAGGAUGUGUGAUCAUCCGAGAUGUUGUUUCGGAAGCACAGGCUACGGCAUGGGAGGCUGAGCUGAAGGCCUACACGAAGAAUCACCCGAAAGCGUAUGGCUUUCCGAAGACGAAUCCGACCACGUAUAGUCUGUAUUGGACGCGGCCGCAGGUGCAGAUCCGGAGUCACCCGAGGGUCAUGAAGGCCAUGAAUGCGGUGAGUCGGUUGUGGCACGUGGAAGAUGAGGCAGGGUGCUUGUUCGAUCUUGACAGUCAGGUUGUGUAUGCGGAUCGAUUCCGGAUCAGGAGGCCUGGACUUGAAUACACUCUCAACGCCCACCAAGACAGCGGCGCAAUCGAGCGAUGGGAAGACCCCUCAUACCGAGCGUGCUACCAAAAGAUCUUCGAGGGCAAAUGGGAAGACUACGACGCAUGGGCUGCAGACCACAGGUCAAAAGCGAAGACCGACCUAUACUACACCGGCCAAUCCUGCUCUGCCUUCCGCUCCCUCCAAGGCUGGCUCUCCCUCAGCCACACAUCCCCGAACUCCGGCACGCUUCGUCUCCUCCCCUCGCUGAAACUCACCACCGCCUACCAAAUGCUUCGCCCCUACUUCAUCCUAAACGAAUCCUUCGACAACACUACCCCCUUGUUCCCCGGCGCCACCCCUGCGGACCUACAAUUCAAGCCACCAACACCCUCCAUCCGCAUCUGA